ACGCGCGUGUCCGCCGAGGAGUCCGCGCGCGGGACACGUGAGUGUGCAUGUAGAGCACAGCAGCAUCAGCUGCCAGCUGCCCAAAGACGGACGCCGGAGCGGGAAGCGCGCAGCUCGGAUGAUCUGAACUAAGCGGUCAGUGAUGACAGCACUCAGGUUUUGUCUAACCUAAAUCCUAACCACAUCACCAUGGCAACAGGAAGAAAAGGCUCUACGUCCAAAGCAGGUGGGGUGCGUUUCCCUGACGAUGACGAGCCCCCCGGCUCUCCAACACGGAGAGACGACCAGUCAAACGUCGCUACGCUCAUUGCUGUCUCAGAGAAGGAUGGCAGCUACUUGGUGAAGGCUGGUUUCCUGAAGAGCCACCACUGUUAUGAGAUUGUCUUCACUGUCCCAGAUGUCCCCACACUGGGCAAAGAGCUCUCAUGUCUUCCAUCCUCUUCUCCAUCUCGGAGGCCGCCCAGCCUGCGGGUCCAGCGUAUUAACUCCACACUGGAGGGAGGUGUAAAGGUAACAUGUGAGUACAGAACUCACCAGGAGGGGGUGCAACAGGAGGAGAUCACCAUGGUAACCAGAGGGAGAAAAGACAGCAGUCUAAAGGUCAGACUCCAGGCCAGGGUCAUUGACCCACAUCACGGCACCCCCAUGCUGCUGGAGGGGGUGAGGUGUCUGGGUGCCAGGAAAGACGCCCACACAAAGCACAGCAGUGAUCGUAAGAAGAUAUGAAGUGUGUAACUGCUGAAAGUACUCAGUGACUGGGUCAGGGAGCAGUCGAGGGGAGAAACAUGGAUCCAUUAAUUAAUAAGUAGAAUUCAUCUGAAGGACAAACAAACUGCCCUGAAAGUGGAAAAAGGUUUUUCAUCACAGUCACAGUCAUUACAUUUACACGAGGCUGCCAUAGAGACAUAGAGCCUCUGCUGCUGAGGCCAGUCAAACCAGUGUUA